AUAUUCAUAGCUAGCAUGUGUUUCUUCAGCAUUCCCGUUCACUACACUACCCGUAGACGUAGAUAUAUCACAAAGUAUAUACGGUCAACUUCUAACCUUCACUACCUAUCCAGAUCUUCUCCACCUGCCCUCUCUCUUUCUAUAGGGCUCUGGAACUGCCAGUCUGCUGUGAACAAGGCAGACUUCAUCCCAGAGUUUGCAUCUCAUGCUUCUCUUCAUGCCCUUGCGCUGACAGAGACAUGGAUCCGCCCUGAGAACACUGCAACUCCAGCUGCUCUCUCCGUCAACCACUCCUUCACUCACUCACCCCGCUCAACCGGGCGGGGUGGUGGGACAGGGUUGCUUCUUUCCCCACAUAUUAAAUACACAUCCACACCACUCCCUGUUACUGCCAAAUCAUUUGAACACCAUUGUGCGAUGCUAACUGAUCCUAUCAAAGCAUGCUUAAUUGUUCUUUAUCGCCCACCAGGCCCGCUAGCCGACUUUGUGGAGGAGCUGGACAUGCUCCUCAGCGUCCUCCCGGAUGAUGGAACCCCCCUGAUAGUCCUUGGGGACUUCAACAUCCACCUCCAAGGAACUCAGGCCGUCGACUUCUUGUCUCUCCUGACCUCCUUCGACCUGACGUUGCUGAGCACACCGGCGACCCACAAAGCAGGCAAACAGCUAGACCUCAUCCUGACACGUAACUGUAUCACUGACUUAACCUCUGUAACCCCACUGCAUAUUUCUGAUCACUACUUUAUCCAAUUCUCUAUCUCUCUCCCUCCAACUCCUUCUACCUCCCCUCCCCUUGUAACUUUCCGGCGCAACCUCCGCUCCCUAUCCCCCUCCCAUUUCUCCUCUAUUGUAACAUCCUCCCUCCCCCCCAUUGACGAGUUCUCGUCCCACCCCACUAACACUGCCACUGACACCUUGUUAACCACUUUAACUGCAUCACUUGACUCUCUCUGUCCCCUGUCAACCAGGCCUGCACGAUCUUCUCCCUCCUGCCCGUGGCUUACGGAUGUUAUCCGUGAAGAACGGUCCACCCUUCGGGCAGCUGAGAGGAGAUGGCGCAAGUCCAAAGGCGGUCCGGACCUUGAUAAAACAACCUGCUUGACCCCAACCAAUCGGGCUUCAAGACUGGCCACUCCACAGAGACUGCCCUCCUUUCAGUCACCACUGCCCUCCAGUCUGCCAGAGCGGCUUCUAGGUCAUCUGUCAUCAUUCUGCUGGACCUUUCUGCAGCGUUUGAUACGGUUAACCACCAGAUCCUGCUCGCCAGACUUUCUGAGAUGGGCAUCACUGGCACUGCACUCCAGUGGAUCUCAUCCUACCUGUCGGGAAGAUCCUACCAGGUUUCCUGGGGAGGCAAACUGUCAGGCCCUCGCCAGCUCUCCACUGGUGUCCCACAGGGCUCCGUCCUUGGACCCCUCCUCUUCUCUCUGUACACCACCUCACUUGGACCAAUCAUCACCUCCCAUGGCUUCUCCUACCACUGCUACGCUGACGACACGCAGCUGUACCUGUCGUUCCCCCCGACAGAUCCGGGGAUCUCAGCUAGGAUUGAGGCCUGCCUCACAGACAUCUCCGCCUGGAUGACCGAGCACCACCUUCAGCUGAACCUCGCCAAAACAGAACUUCUCAUCAUCCCGGCUAAACCCUCCAUCUCCCACGAUCUCUCAAUCACCCUGGGAUCUGCGACGGUGACCCCUUCAUCCUCUGCCAGGAACCUUGGGGUUACCAUGGACGACGAGCUCUCCCUCACGGCCCACAUUGCUGCGGUCUCCCGGUCGUGUAGAUUCACCCUCUACAACAUCCGGAAGAUCAGGAGAUACCUGUCUGAGCACUCCA